UUUUUUACUUCUUCUUUUUUCUUUCUUUUCUUUUUUUUUUUUAUCUUUUAUUAUUCCGACUUUUAUCAUGCUUGACAAGGACCCAAAUACUACAGCCGAAUCUGAUCCUGACUGCACUGAAGUCUUGGAAGAAAACUCAAAAAGUAUUCUACUUGGUAUUAUCAGUCAGUUACGUAAAGAAAUGGAUUUACAUAGAGUGACUUUGCCUACCUUUGUUUUGGAACCAAGAAGCAUGCUUGAAAGAAUUACCGACUUUAUGAGUCAUCCUGAACUUCUCUUGGAUGCUAGUGUUAAUCCUGAACCAUUGGAUAGAUUUAUUGGUGUAGUACGAUAUUUUUUAUCUGGUUGGCAUAUCAAACCCAAGGGGGUCAAGAAACCCUACAAUCCGGUAUUAGGUGAAGUGUUCAAAUGCCGCUGGAAAUACAACAACAAUACAAAUGGUUAUUAUAUUGCUGAACAAGUCUCUCAUCAUCCUCCAAAAAGUGCCUAUUAUUUUGCUAAUCCAGAAGCAGGUAUCUAUAUUCAAGGUGAAAUCAUUCCAAAGGCCAAAUUCCUAGGAAAUAGUGCUGCUACCAUGAUGGAGGGGGAAUCACAUAUCUUAUUCAGUUAUCAUCACAAUGAAAGAUACGAUAUUACUAUGCCCAAUGUCUAUGCAAAGGGAAUUCUAUUUGGCAAAAUGGUUUUGGAAUUAGGUGAUAAAUGUAAAGUAAGAUGCAAAAGUAGUGAUCUUAUCUGCGAACUGGAUUUCAAAACAAAGGGCUUUUUUUCCGGUCGUUAUAACUCGGUCGUUGGAAAAAUUAAAAAGGAAUCUACCAAUAAAGUGCUUUAUGAAAUACACGGUCAGUGGUCAAGCCAAAUUUAUAUCAAGUCUCCUAGCAAGAAUGGUGACAAGUCUAUUUUAUUCGAUGCAACAACAGCAUCUAUUUUUCCCAAAUUAGUGCAAGCGGAAGCGGAUCAAGAUCCAUUAGAAUCUAGACGAUUGUGGAGUCAAGUCACGGCAGCCAUCAAACGCAAUGACAUGGAUGAAGCAACGAAGCAAAAAUCAAUCAUUGAAGAUGAACAACGCAAAGCAGCAAAAGAACGUCAGGAUACUAAUAUGAAGUGGACACCACGCUAUUUCGCUAAAGAAACCAAGGAUGAUGAUCAAUAUGGAUUUAAAGGUCACUCCAAAAUCAAUUCAAAUGAUCCUACAGAUGCUAUGGCCAAGUUGGAAUCAAGUAUUUUUUCCAAUGAUGUAUCAUCAUCCAAAUUACUUUUUCUUGAUAAAGCAACAACAGCAACAACAUCAACAUUACCUACCUCCAAU